AUGUCCCUUGCUAAGAAUAUUCUGUACACGUUGGCGGUUGGACCCGUGUCUUUUGCGAACCUGGCGCUGAACCUGCAAAGCCCCACGAAACCGACGUCCACAGAUAUUCUAAGCAAAAAAGAAAAGGAACGUCCGCCGCAUGGCGAAUCUGUAUUACAGGCUUCCGAUCCGAAACAUCACGGAGCGUACAUCCGGAACUUUUCUAUGGCCCAUCUGCCGUUUUCAGGAGUUGCCGAGAGUCUGAGGUAUUGCUGCAUGUCCGUGUCAUCCGAAUAUCCGCCAGAGUUGAGCUCUGUCGAACUGUGGGAAAACAAGAGAAAAGGGAAAUGGGGAAAUCCCGCCGACAAGGCAGCAAGGGAUAAUGGGAAAGGGAAAGGCAAGAGUUUACAAAAUGGACACAUACCCCCAAAAGUAGAAACAGAGGCUGGCGUUGCUCUGUGCGACCCGCAGCCAAAGAUUCCCAGCACAGUGUCGAAUCCAGAGAAGCAAGAAGAAACGCCAAAAGUCGACAUAGGGUCAGGAAGAGGGAUUGACCAUAUCAACGAGAUUGGCGAGUGGGAUUGGGUUUUGCAAUUGGGCAAGUGA